AUGCCUCCAAAUGGAUCAUCAUUUACGACUCUAAAUCUUCCACCGACAUUCGAGUUACCUCAAUGUAUGGAAUAUUUCACCCUCCGGGCAGGCCCGAACACAGACCUAUGGCGCAAACCACCCAACGGCGACAUCUCCACAGCCCCAAUAGUCUUCACCUCACUACGACAACCAUUCGUCGUAGCCGAGGUGACCGUGAGCGCAGACUGGGAGAUGGAAUGGGACCAAGGCGGGCUUGUGAUUUUCGCCGGCGCAGCACCGCAAUCCUUCUCCGACCUCGACGAACCACCAUACCUCAACGCGCCCCGCUUCCCCUGCAAAUGGGUCAAAGCAGGCAUGGAGUUCUCGUCCGGCACUGUGAAUGCAUCCUCCGUGAGCGCCACCGCCGACGGCGCAGACUGGUGCUUGUCGCCGCUGGGUUGCACGAACAGGGCAAUCCACUCCCUGCGCAUUAAACUUGAGCGGGUCGGCCAUGCCCUGUGGAUCUGGUAUCAAGUUCCCUCUGUUCUGCCUUAUACCCUCACGCCUGGCGCGGUGGGGAGUACCUGGAAGAAGCUGCGGGAGGUGACGUGGUUCUUUUAUGGGGUUGAGGAUAAAUUUGUGCAUGUGGGUGUGUAUGCGAGUCGGCCGACGAGUUUGUCGCGUGGGGGCACGAUGUGGGACGCGAUGCAUGGCAUGACACUUGAUAGUUCGCUGCCGACUGGUUCGGAUGGGCUGGUUGUUGAAUUUGAGGAUCUGGAAAUCUUCUAG